ACAUUUGAAAUUUGAAAUUUGUAUCCUUCCUUCCCAAGACAGCCCCUCUGGUCUCCGACUAUAUAGAGGGCAAUUUCCCCUCCCUAAGUUCAACCACCCCACUUUCCCAACUUCUUCCGACGCCAUUUUUUCCUUCACAAAUAUAUUCUCUCUCUAUCUUCAACUUCCAAAAUAUCUCCUCCUAUAUCUUGUAUCACACGUUAUUCAAUCCCUGUUCACAAAAUUUUCCCUAUCAAAAUAUACUUGUAUGCAAUCACACAUAGAUUCACAUACUAUACACACCCAAUUUCUCAAAUCUUGUUAUGAGUACAACCUCGUUCAUGGCCAUGAAACCCUGUUGUAGAAUCCUAAUUCGCCGAAACUCAUCUUUUCUAGGUUUCCCAUCGUCUCCAAAAUGUCAACCAUUCACUAACAAUUCGCCGAAUUUCCCAUUGAAUGACCAUCAACAACGCAAGUUCUCUACCUGGUCGCCACGAAUUUUGGGUUUUCGAUUCGAUAGAACCACAACCCAGAAACAAAUUUGUGUCCCCCCCAAUUCGAGUUGGGGUCAAUCUAGGGUUUUUUCCAGCACUUGCAAUGACGUUGAUGGUGUUGGUAGGGGUAGGAGUUUGUAUGUGAUUGCUAGUGCUCAUGUUAGGAAUUAUUCAACAACUUCGGUCGAGACUCGUGUGAAUGAGGAUAAUUUUCAGAGGAUAUAUGUUCAGGGUGGUAUAAAUGUGAAGCCUUUGGUAGUGGAGAGAAUAGAUAGAGACGAGGAUAUAGGGAGGGGUGAAGAAGAAGGUAGAGUAGAAGGUGAUGGUGAGAAUGCGAUCGAUCGAAAUUCGGAGAGUUUGAAUGAGGCGGUGGAGGUGUCAACUGCCGGUAUAGAAGAGUCGGAGGUGGAGAGGGAGGCAUGGAAGUUGUUGAAAGAUGCCGUGGUGUCGUAUUGUGGGAGUCCGGUGGGAACCAUGGCGGCGAAUGACCCCGGUGACAAGCAACCGCUGAAUUAUGAUCAGGUCUUUAUUCGUGAUUUUGUUCCUUCAGCACUAGCUUUCUUGCUUAAAGGGGAAGGAGAGAUGGUGAGGAAUUUCCUCCUCCAUACUUUGCAAUUGCAGAGUUGGGAGAAAACAGUGGACUGCUACAGCCCUGGGCAGGGGUUGAUGCCGGCAAGUUUUAAAGUUAGAACUGUCCCUCUUGAUGGCAAUAAGUUUGAAGAAGUAUUAGACCCAGAUUUUGGCGAGUCAGCCAUUGGCCGUGUUGCACCUGUUGACUCAGGAUUGUGGUGGAUUAUCUUAUUGAGAGCUUAUGGGAAGAUUACUGGUGACUAUACAUUACAAGAAAGGGUGGAUGUCCAGACAGGCAUAAAAUUGAUUCUAAACUUGUGUUUGUCUGAUGGGUUUGAUAUGUUUCCUUCUUUGUUAGUCACUGACGGCUCCUGCAUGAUAGAUCGGCGGAUGGGUAUCCAUGGUCACCCCCUUGAGAUUCAAGCCUUAUUCUACUCAGCUCUACGGUGCUCCCGUGAGAUGCUUGCGGUAGAUGAGGGAUCCAAGAAUUUAGUGAGGGCCAUCAAUAAUAGACUCAGUGCAUUGUCAUUUCACAUUAGAGAGUACUAUUGGGUCGAUAUGAAAAAAAUCAAUGAGAUCUACAGAUAUAAGACGGAGGAAUACUCCACAGAUGCAACAAACAAGUUCAAUAUCUACCCUGAACAAAUUCCUCAUUGGCUAAUGGAUUGGUUUCCAGAGAAAGGUGGUUAUCUUAUUGGCAAUCUUCAGCCAGCUCACAUGGAUUUUAGGUUCUUCACACUUGGCAAUCUCUGGUCCAUCGUUUCGUCCUUGGGUACUCCAAGGCAAAAUGAGGCUAUUUUGAACCUCAUCGAAGCCAAAUGGGCUGACCUUGUGGGGAAUAUGCCUCUUAAGAUAUGUUAUCCUGCCUUGGAGUUUCAAGAGUGGCAUAUAAUCACUGGUAGUGACCCAAAAAAUACCCCUUGGUCAUAUCACAAUGGUGGAUCUUGGCCAACGCUUCUUUGGCAGUUCACUCUGGCAUGCAUCAAAAUGGGCAGACCAGAACUAGCCAGGAAGGCAGUUGAUUUGGCUGAAAAGAGGCUUCCGAUGGAUCAUUGGCCUGAAUAUUAUGACACCCGUAAUGGAAAAUUUAUAGGAAAGCAAGCCCGACUUUAUCAAACAUGGACAAUUGCUGGGUUCCUGACAUCGAAAAUGCUCUUGGAAAAUCCAGAGAUGGCAUCUGUGUUAUUUUGGGAGGAAGACUAUGAACUUCUUGAGAUCUGUGUUUGUGCUCUUAGUGGCAAAUCUAACCGGAAGAAAUGCUCCCGUGUUGCCGCCAAGUCUCAGAUUCUCGUUUAAUGAGAAACCAGUCUUUCACAGCUGAAAAUCUUCUGUACAGUACAAGCACUAUAGUAUAGUAUAGAGUAGUUUUACGGGCUUUUUUCAACCUGAAAAUGUAAUUUCAAAGAAAAAUUUAUUUUUUUUUUUACAUGUUUUGCAUUGCUUUGCCGUCCGUCCGAUUAAGAUUAAUUGAACAUGUUAAUCGGAGUUGGAAAUCUAAAUAACUGACUUGUUCACUGAGCCUUAAUUUUAGAGCUGAGGCUCCAUCCUCGAUCAUGUGUAUGCAUAAUAUAACAAUAAUUCAAUGUUUACUUGUUUUUACAUUUAAAA